GUACCUUCGAUCACUAUAUUUUCACCAACUUACCAGUAUCUAAUCUCUGAUACAUAUAAACCAUUUGGCAUAUCAGAACAUCUCCAAGAUCAUUGACCGUCUUGACAUCAACUCUCAACAUCCCUACAUCUCGUACCAACAAAUCAAACAAUUACAUAUCCAUCAAACCUCAAACCAAAAUCUCCUACCACCACAACACAAUAUGACCGAGCCCACAAAAUCAGCAGUGAACAUGACAACCCCUUCCCCUCCCAAACAACAAGAAAUCAAACCAUCCUUCAAUCGCUUCCGCGACCUACCACGGGAAAUCAGGACUCAAAUCUGGGAAUCCAUCUUACCAAAGCCACGCAUCGUACACAUGUCAUCGAUGAGAACACGGGCAGAGACACAGCGACUUCUCACGCGCCCCGAAAGCUGGGGGCCGGGAAACAAACUCGAAUUCUGUUUCUACGAAAACGGGAAUGAUUUAUACCGAGGAGACAAGAGCGAGCCCGAGAAAUCCCCGCUUCGCUUCGCGUGUCAGGAAUCUUGUGCCAUCUGGCAGGAUCGUUAUGGAAUACCUGAAAUUCGAUUAUCGCACGAGUUGAGAGUCAAGUUGGCUGUGGAGCCGAAGAGGACUGAUAUCUGCGGAAAGGAAGGUUGUGUAGUGCUUAAGGCUAGUCGUCCGGCUCCAUCCCAUAUAAUACCGCAUAGACACAUAUUUUAUAGAAAUGCAGAGGGUUGCGAAUUCCUCAUUAGUGUUCGUGGUUUAAUGGACAUGAAGCGCGAUACUUUGAUAAUGGAUCCGGUUGUUUUUUCCUUAGUCAAUGGUGAUUUGGGAUUAGAGCUUGAUAUCUCAGAUUUAAGAUCAAUCGCAUAUACAUCCAGCAUUGAGUAUCGACCAGUUUGGAAGCCACCAGGACAUGAUGGAAGUUAUGAGGUGAUUGAGGGCAUUGAACUCUUUCUGCUUCCUGAAGGUGAUGGCUAUGACUUGAGAGAUCCCGAUAUCAACGAAAACCUGAUUAUCGAGCAACAUGACGAUGAAGGGAAUCAUCUUAUCCUUCUUGAGGAAGAGGGUAACUUGCCUGCGGAGAGAACAAAGAAUGUUGCAAGCAAAUAUAUCUGGAAAAAGAUCAUUCAGUGCUGCCCCCAGAUUUCCAGCAUUCAAUACAUCAUUCUUGGAGAAAGAAACGCGGCAAUCUACUCAAAGACUCAUAGUGCCUAUUGGGAGCAUUUAGGUAAUCUACCUGGGCCAAAAGCAAGCUGGGAGGUACAUGAGCAUCAUCUCCUACCCCUCUGUCCUUCUGUCCGAGAGAUCAUCAUGGACCCAGAAAAUAAAGGCACACACGAAUUGACACAUAGGGCACUUGAAUACUACGCCCUAAGCAUGAUUGGAGUCUAUAAACAUUUCAACAGCCGGUUUGAACACGGGGUGCAACUGGAAGAGGAAUUUCAACAUUACCUAGAGAAGAAAAAGAUCUCUGGCAAUCGCAAAUUCUGGCGAGAGUUGAAAUUUCAAGUAUGUGUUUUAGGGGAUGCUAUAGAUUUGUGUUCCACGCAGAUUGCCCCAGAUCAUCGAGAUGCAUCAAUGUAUGUCAGAAAUGGUGGUUUCGGCAUAGCACUCGAAGAUGAAAUACUAUUUGAAUUUACCAAUGGGCAAGCCUCACCAUCUUCUUCGUCUUCGUCUUCGUCUUCCUCUUCAUCUUCCUCUUCCUCUUCCUCUUCCUCUUCCUCUUCCUCUUCCGGAAAAUCUCCGUCCAAAACCCUCAUACCCCAAAACAUCAGACAAGAAGUAGAAGUCCUGCUAAAAGAAGACGGAAGAUGUUCACUUCACAUAGAACAUGGCAUUUACAUCGACUGGGAUCCUAGUACGAAAGUACCCAUUCAAGCGAGUCAAGAUAUAUACAGCGGAGUGAAAAAAAUCUUCGGCAGGCCUUGGAUGGACUAUGUUCAAAUGGAAACAAUCACUUCUAGCUCGAACCAGGCAGGUGAUAUUUUGUAAUGAUCUGAACAAACUAUCGUCAGUAUAUUGCGUGGGAAGGAAAAGGGAUAGAAGGAGGAAGGGGGGGGGAAUAAAGAAGAAUAAAACA